GCCCAGAGCAGCCGGCGCCCAGCCCUGGCAGCAUGUGGGUCCUCGUGCUGCUGUGGCCCGUGGUGCUGGGGUUCAGCCUGGAAGAUGACAGCCAGAACACCCUCACCUACGACGAGAUGGGGAGCGCGGGGGCAGGUAACGAUGGCACACUGGGGCCCCUGAGCGGGCCCCAGGAGGAGACCCCUCACUCACCCCACCUGCGCAGCUUCCCCGGCCAGCUCCAGGACAACGGCAGCAACGUCCUGGAGCUCCCAGACAGCUCUCGGGCCCUGCUGCUGGGCUGGGUGUCCACGAGGCUGGUGCCCGCGCUCUACGGGCUGACCCUGCUGGUGGGGCUGCCCGCCAACGGCCUGGCGCUGUGGGUGCUGGCCACCCGGGUGCCGCGGCUGCCCUCCACCAUGCUGCUCAUGAACCUGGCGGCCGCCGACCUCCUGCUGGCCCUGACGCUGCCGCUGCGCGUCGCCUACCACCUGCAGGAGCAGCACUGGCCGUUCGGCGAGGCCGCCUGCCGCGCCACCACCGCCGCGCUCUACGGCCACAUGUACGGCUCCGUGCUGCUGCUGGCCGCCGUCAGCCUGGACCGCUACCUCGGCGUGGUGCACCCGCUCCGGGCGCUCAGCCUGCGCGGCUACUGUCCAAGCGGCAGAAACCAACAGUUGCGGCGAGGCGGCGCAGACCGGGAGCCCCUGUGCGCCGCUGUGGGAGUGUAA